GCGGGCUGCUGACGGGCAGGCGCUUCGCGGUUUGAAUGGCUGCGGGCCCGGGCCCUCAGCGCAUCUGAAGAACCGCGGCCUCGGGGUGAGCGAUGGCUUCUGGAGGCAACCAGUCACCGCCGCCUCCUCCUCCGGCCGCAGCCAGCUCGGAGGAAGAGGAGGAGGAUGGCGACGCCGCGGACGGCGCUCAGCCCGCGGGGUCCCCGGGCCAUCAGAUCCAGCAGCGGUUCGAGGAGCUGUGCAGCCGCCUCAACAUGGACGAGGCGGCGCGCGCCGAGGCCUGGAGCAGCUACCGCAGCAUGAGCGAGAGCUACACGCUGGAGGGAAAUGAUCUUCAUUGGUUAGCAUGUGCCUUAUAUGUGGCUUGCAGAAAAUCUGUUCCAACUGUGAGCAAAGGGACUGUUGAAGGAAACUAUGUGUCUUUAACUAGAAUCCUUCGCUGUUCUGAGCAGAGCUUAAUUGAAUUUUUUAACAAGAUGAAGAAGUGGGAAGACAUGGCAAAUCUACCACCACAUUUCCGAGAACGUACUGAAAGACUAGAAAGAAACUUCACUGUUUCUGCUGUAAUUUUUAAGAAAUAUGAACCCAUUUUUCAAGACGUUUUUAAGUAUCCCCCAGAAGAACAACCCCGCCAGCAGAGAGGACGAAAGCAGAGGAGACAGCCCUGUACCACAGCUGAAAUUUUCCACUUUUGUUGGGUGCUUUUCAUAUAUGCAAAAGGCAACUUCCCUAUGAUUAGCGAUGACUUGGUCAAUUCAUACCAUCUUCUGCUGUGUGCAUUAGAUCUGGUUUAUGGCAAUGCCUUACAAUGUUCUAAUCGUAAAGAACUUGUGAACCCUAAUUUUAAAGGCCUGUCAGAGGAUUGUCACCCCAAGGAUUCUAAACCGUCCUCUGACCCACCUUGUGUCAUUGAGAAGCUCUGUUCCUUACAUGACGGUCUAGUGUUGGAGGCAAAGGGCAUAAAGGAGCAUUUCUGGAAGCCCUAUAUUAGAAAACUCUUUGAAAAAAAGAUCCUCAAGGGGAAGGAAGAAAAUCUUACUGGCUUCCUGGAACCUGGGAACUUUGGAGAGAGUUUUAAGGCUGUUAAUAAGGCUUACGAAGAGUAUGUGUUAGCCGCUGGGAAUCUGGAUGAACGGAUAUUUCUUGGUGAGGACGCUGAGGAAGAAGUUGGGACUCUCUCACGGUGUCUGAAUGCUGCCUCAGGUACAGAGAGCUCUGAACGAACACAGAUGAAAGACAUCUUGCAGCAGCACCUUGACAAGUCUAAAGCCCUCAGAGUCUGCACACCACUGACUGGCGUAAGCUAUGUUCAGGAAAACAGCCCUGGUGUGACCCCUGUCUCCACGGCUGCACAUAGCUUGAGUCGUCUUCACACCAUGCUGACAGGCCUCAGGAAUGCGCCCAGUGAGAAGCUGGAGCAGAUCCUCAGGUCAUGUUCCCGAGAUCCAACUCAGGCUAUUGCUAGCAGAUUGAAAGAAAUGUAUGAAAUAUAUUCUCAGCAUUUCCAUCCAGAUGAGAAUCUUAGUAAUUGUGCUAAAGAAACUGCCAACAAACAUUUUCGCUUUGCAGAAAUGCUUUACUAUAAAGUAUUAGAAUCUGUUAUUGAGCAAGAACAGAAAAGAUUGGGAGACAUGGAUUUAUCUGGUGUUCUGGAACAAGAUGCGUUCCAUAGGUCACUCCUUACCUGCUGUCUUGAGGUUGUCACUUUUUCCUAUGAGCCUCCUGGGAAUUUCCCAUUGAUUGCUGAAGUAUUUGAUGUACCUUAUUAUCAUUUUUAUAAGGUAAUAGAAGUAUUUAUUAGAGCCGAAGAUGGUCUUUGCAGAGAAGUGGUCAAACACCUCAAUCAAAUUGAAGAGCAAAUUUUAGACCAUUUGGCAUGGAAAUCAGAUUCCCCACUGUGGGACAGAAUUAGAGAAAAUGAAAAUAGAGUCCCUGCAUGUGAAGAGGUGAUGCCACCUCAAAGCCUAGAGAGAACAGAUGAAACUUGUAUUGCCGGCUCUCCCUUACCUCCACGAAGGGUGAGUGAAGUGCGCGCUGACGCUGGAGGACUCGGGAGAAGUAUAACAUCUCCAACCACAUUAUAUGACAGGUACAGUUCCCCAACAGUCAGUACUACUAGAAGGCGGCUAUUUGAGAAUGAUAGUCCCUCUGAAGGAGGCACAUCUGGGCGCAUCCCCCCACAACCCCUAGUCAAUGCUGUCCCUGUGCAGAAUGUAUCUGGGGAGGCUGUUUCUGUCACACCAGUUCCCGGACAGACCUUGGUCACCAUGGCAACAGCCACUGUCACAGCCAACAAUGGACAAACAGUGACCAUUCCAGUACAAGGUAUUGCCAAUGAGAAUGGAGGGAUUACAUUCUUCCCAGUCCAAGUCAAUGUUGGGGGCCAGGCGCAAGCUGUGACCGGCUCUAUCCAGCCCCUCAGUGCUCAAGCCCUCACUGGAAGUCUGAGUUCCCAACAGGUGACAGGAACAACUUUGCAAGUCCCUGGCCAGGUAGCCAUUCAGCAGAUUUCCCCAGGUGGUCAACCGCAGAAACAAGGCCAGCCUUUAAGCAGCAGCAGUAUUAGGCCACGGAAGACUAGCUCUUUAUUGCUUUUCUUUAGAAAGGUUUACCACUUAGCAGGUGUCCGCCUUCGGGACCUUUGUGCAAAACUAGAUAUUUCAGACGAACUGAGGAAAAAAAUUUGGACCUGCUUUGAAUUCUCUCUAAUCCAGUGUCCUGAACUUAUGAUGGACAGACAUCUGGACCAGUUGUUAAUGUGUGCCAUUUAUGUGAUGGCAAAGGUCACAAAAGAAGACAAGUCCUUCCAGAAUAUCAUGCGUUGUUACAGGACUCAGCCACAGGCCCGGAGCCAGGUAUACAGAAGUGUUUUGAUAAAGGCAAAAAGGAAAAGAAGAAAUUCUGGCAGCAGUGACAGCAGAAGCCACCAGAAUUCUCCAACAGAACUAAACAAGGACCGAGCCAGCAGAGACUCCAGUCCAGUUACGAGAUCAAACAGCACCUUACCAGCUCCACAGCCCAGCAGUGCCCCUCCCACACCAACUCGACUCACAGGCGCCAACAGGGACAUUGAAGAGGAAGAGAGAGGAGACCUCAUUCAGUUCUACAACAACAUCUACAGAAAACAAAUCCAAGCAUUUGCCAUGAAGUACUCACAGGCAAACAUGGACACUCCUCCCCUCUCUCCCUAUCCAUUUAUAAGAACAGGCUCUCCUCGCCGAAUACAGCUAUCUCAAAAUCAUCCUAUUUACAUUUCCCCACAUAAAAAUGAAGCAAUGCUUUCUCCUCGAGAGACUAUUUUUUACUACUUCAGCAACAGCCCAUCUAAGAGACUGAGAGAAAUUAACAGUAUGAUUCGGACAGGAGAGACUCCAACUAAAAAGAGAGGAAUUCUCUUGGAGGAUGGAAGUGAAUCACCCGCAAAAAGAAUUUGCCCAGAAAACCACUGUGCUCUGUUACGUCGUCUCCAAGAUGUAGCUAAUGACCGAGGUGCACGCUGAGGUCAGUCUCCAGUAUGGAAACUGUCUUCGCAUGUACUGCUUAGCAGGAGUGCUUAACGCGUGCAGGAUUAUGGGACCUUGUUCCUUAAUCCAGCAACUGAUUAGAGCCUGGGAGAAAAGGGAAGCGUCUCUGACUGGUGUGGCAGUACAUGCCUGCUAACCCUGCGCCAAGAGGGAGAGGGUAAGAGGACCAGGAGUUUAAGGCCAACCUGAGCUACAUGGCAGUCUGAGGCCAACUUGGACUACAAGUAACCCUGACUCAACUUCCACCCAACCCUCCCAAAAGAAAAACCUAGAAUGGACAUUUUGGUGAGAAAUUAGACUUAUUCCAGUAUCCUUAGGCUACUUUUUAGUCAUCCCAGUUGCCUCUCCCCUACUACUUAGUGCUUACCUUCAACACUGCUCAGAAUCCAAACCUGGAUUUUUUUUUUUUUUUUUAACUCUGGUAAACUUUUACAACCAACUCAGAAAGCAAAUCUUUAGAGGCCUUUGUAGGUAUGCUCCAGUAGAGGAACUGAUUUUAAUUCAUUCCCGCUUUUAUAUGGUUAGGUCCAACCAUGUGUUUUAGGACGAAAACACCUGAGACGUUUACAUUCAUGAAGCAACAGAUGGGACAGCCCAGACCUGGAAGUCUCCAUGCACUUGCCCAAGGCUCCUGCUUGCUUGAAGCACUAUCCUUCCCCAGUAGGUAUAGUACAGUGAGAAAGUUGUGCAAUGUCUGAACCUGUGUAAUUGGUGGCACUUUAGGGCCGGAAAUGCAAGGCGUUGUGACCCAGCAAAUUUUUGCUGUAUAUUUAUGAUGGUAUGAUGGCACUUUCUAUGGUGUGGACUUUAGUAGGUACAAUACUUCCAGGCUAAACAACAGCCAAUAUUUUCUUUAAUGCUUUUCUCACAGGACUGUUGAUAUAGCUACAUGUUCUGGGCACAUGUAAAACUCUCCAGUUUGUGGUAGUGGCAUUACAUAAAGAUCAUUUAAAAAGAUUUUUAAAUCAAGUUGAAUUGAGGAAAUUUGAAAAAUCACUUCCUUUUGGAGGAAGUUAUCCAAAGGAAAGUAUCUUUGAGGGUUCCUGGAAGUUAAAAAAAAAUAGGUUGGAGAAUUUAGGUUUUUAUUAGUACAUAGUACCAGUAUACAAAUUAGAAAAUUAUUUAACAGCUGUUGAUUAUCUACACAUCUUUAUUAAUCAUUAUUGUCCAGUUGUUUUUAAGUUGGAUUAAUAAUCCUAAGGAGAAAAUUCAAUUGUAAAUUGGAUCAUUAUAAACAGUUACUAGGUAACGUCAUACUGCUCUAAAGAAAACUAGCUGAAAACCAACCCCCUGCACUGUCCACUAGAGCAGUGCUGUGCAAAGUACUUAUACAUCUGCUUGGUACCGCUACUGUAAUUUUAUAUGAAAAUAUGUGUAUUUUUCAAUAAAGCACUUAUAAAUUA